UGCAAGCCGCCGAUGAAGGCGACGUCGAACGGGUCGUGGCAGGGCGACAACCCACUGGACUAUGCGCUGCCGUUGGCCAUUGUCCAGAUCUGCUUGGUGAUCACUGUCACGAGAUUCCUCGCCUUCGUCCUGCGACCCCUUCGCCAGCCGCGCGUCAUCGCCGAGAUCAUCGGCGGGAUAUUGCUGGGCCCGUCGGCGCUGGGGCGCAGCGAGGCGUUCCUCAACACGGUGUUUCCGAAGCAGAGCCUGACGGUGCUCGACACCCUCGCCAACAUCGGCCUUCUCUUCUUCCUCUUCCUGGUGGGGCUGGAGCUAGACAUUCGCGCCAUCCGCCGCACCGGGAAGCGCGCCCUGGGCAUUGCCGUCGCUGGCAUCUCCCUCCCCUUCAUCAUGGGCAUCGGCACCUCUGUCGUCCUCCGCCACACCGUCUCCAAGGGCGUCCGCGCUGGCCCCUUUCUAGUCUUCAUGGGCGUCGCCCUCUCCAUCACCGCCUUCCCCGUCCUCGCCCGCAUCCUCGCCGAGCUCAAGCUCCUCACUACCGACCUCGGCCGCAUGGCCAUGUCCGCUGCAGCCGUCAACGACGUCGCAGCCUGGAUCCUCCUCGCUCUCGCCAUCGCCCUGACAGGCUCAGGAUCCCCCCUCAUCUCCCUUUGGGUCCUCCUCACCGGCGUCGGCUUCGUCGUCUUUGUCGCCCUCCUAGUCCGCCCCGUUCUCGACUGGAUGGCCCGCCGCUCCCCGGUAGGCGAGCCCGUCAAGGAGAUCUACAUCUGCGCGACGCUCGCCACCGUCCUCGCGGCCGGCUUCGUCACCGACACCAUUGGCAUUCACGCCCUGUUCGGCGCCUUCAUCAUCGGCAUCGUCGUUCCCAAGGACGGGCCCUUCGCCGGGGUCCUUAUUGAGAAGAUCGAGGACCUCAUCGCUGGGCUCUUCCUUCCGCUCUACUUCGUUUCUAGCGGCCUCAAGACCAACGUGGCCACCAUCCGCGGCGGCCAGUCGUGGGCUCUACUCGUUCUCGUCAUUUGCACCGCGAGCUUCGGCAAGAUCGGCGGCACCCUCGUCGUCUCCCUGCUUGUCAAGGUUCCCAUGAGAGAAGCCCUUACGCUGGGCAUCCUCAUGAACACCAAGGGCCUCGUCGAGCUCAUCGUCCUCAACAUCGGCAAGGAUCGAAAAGUGCUCAACGACGAGACGUUCGCCAUACUGGUGCUGAUGGCCCUGUUCACCACUUUCAUCACCACGCCCAUAGUGAUGGCCGUCUACAAGCCCGCACGUCGUUCCCCGCCGUACAAGCACCGCAGCAUCCUGCGCGACGACGCAGAGAGCGAGUUCCGCAUCCUGGCCUGCUUCCACGGCAGCCGAAACAUCCCCACCAUGAUCAACUUGAUCGAGUCCUCCCGUGGCACUCGGCGCCGCGGCAUCACUGUCUACGCCGUGCACCUGAUGGAGCUGUCGGAGCGGUCGUCCGCCAUCUCCAUGGUCCACAAGGCCCGGCGCAACGGCCUCCCCUUCUGGAACAAGAAGCAGUGCUACGAGGACGGCGGCGACCAGCUCGUGGUCGCCUUCCAGGCCUACCAGCAACUCAGCAACGUCACCGUCCGCUCCAUGACUGCCAUCUCCGACCUCCAAACGAUCCACGAGGACAUCAUAACGAGCGCCGAGCAGAAGCGAACCUCCUUCAUCCUCCUCCCUUUCCACAAGCUCCAGCAGAUCGAUGGUUCAAUGGAGUCGAUCGGCCACGCCUACCACCUCGUCAACCAGCGUGUCCUCCGCUGUGCCCCGUGCUCCGUCGGCAUCCUUGUGGACCGCGGGCUCGGUGGCGCAGCUCAGGUUGUUGCCAGCGAAGUGUUCUACACGGUGGCGGUCCUCUUCUUCGGGGGCAGGGAUGACCGGGAGGCCCUCGCCCUCGGGAUGCGCAUGGCGGAGCACCCAGGGAUCCAGCUCACCGUCACGCGGUUCAUUCCCCAAGCGGAUCAGUUGAGGGGCCGCGACGGAGGAGGGAGCGUGACCAUAAGGAUGGAUGCGAACGAGAUCGCCGCCGACGAGGACUACAUCACCGUGUUCCGCGACAAGGUGUUGCCCUCCAACGAGUCCAUCACGUACGACGAUAAGGUGGCGGGAGGAAAGGCCGAGAUCGUUGCUGCGAUCAAGGACAUGGGGCGGUGCAACCUGUUCCUGGUAGGUCAAGCGCCUGCCACCGUAGCUUUGACUGACAAGAAUGACUGCCCUGAGCUGGGGCCGGUCGGGAGCUAUUUGGCUUCGUCCGAGUUCGGCACGACAUCGUCGGUGUUGGUAAUCAAGCAGUUCGAUCCGACGGCAAACCCACCACAGCAGGCUGACGAGGGGCUGCUGACGUCCGACUUGCCCGAUACUCCCGUGGCUGGAAGCGCCCGCCAUUAAACUCGAUCUCGGUACGGCUCUUUCGAAGCUUAUAAUAAGCGUAUUAACAAUGGAUGUAUCAUAGAGAAGCGAAGAAGAAGAAGAAGAAUUCACUUCAAUCAUAUCUGAAAA